AUGCGUCCUGAUGCGUUAAGUGCCAUCGUUCACAAACGCUCAGAGACGCGUUACGACUCGAAAAAAAGUUACAUGGAUAUGGAUGAACGAGAGGGAUGGGAAGAAAGAAUGAUCGAUAGCAAAUUUGAAUUGUUACCUGUCGAUAUUCUUUUUGGAAUUGUUGCAUAUUUAUCGCCUGCCGAGAUUCUUCAAUCGUUUUUAUCAUUGAAUAAACGCUUUUCGAGAAUCAUUCGACAUCAAUAUGUAUGGCACAUAUGUAUUUAUGGCAAUUCAAUGUCAUUAUCAAUGUUCAAUAAUUUUUGUCAAAAUAUGUUAAAGUUGAUAGGACGUCGGCUUGUCUCAUUGCGCAUAACAUUAAACAAUGCCAUCGGUGGAUGGUCACUCGUUUCAUCAUCUCUGCAAUCUAAUCAGACAACAUUACUUCGACAUCUACAUUUGAUUAAUAUUGAACCAUUUGAAUUUGAUAAAUUAUUGUUUUUAUUACAUUGUUUCAGAUUUAUGUUUGAAACUAAUCAUAUUGUUAAGAUUACGAAUGAAAGAAAUGAAUGUUACCAUAGAAAAUUUCGCCAACACUUUUCUUUGAAAUGA